AUAAACCCAAAGCACACUUUCCCUGCAUCCACCCCUCUCACUCUCACCGCUCUCGAAUUUCGAUUUUGCUUGAUCCGCACCUUUUUAGGGUCUUAGAAGGAUUUUUUUUUUCAGUUUCGUAAAUUUUCCCUCCAUUUUCCUUGACCCUUUAUUGGAAGCUGUUAAUACCUCUAGGAAAGUUAAAAGUAUUUCUUAGGGUUUUGUUUCGGGUUGGGUGGCUUUAAAAUUAGGCUCUGCUUCUUUAGUUCAGCUGAAGUUGUUCAUCAUUACAGAUUUUUUUUUUUUGAAUUUCUUGGAUGACUGGGAAAAAAAGAUUCUGGGUCUGUUUUUCUUCGGGUUUUUUUUCUCAUUGAUCGGACUUUUCCAAUUAACAAGAUAAGAGGGUGAUGGCGAGUAUUUAUGAGCAAUUAGGUGGGGAUUAAUGGGAUGAAAGAAAAUAUAAUGAGAAUUUUGAGGAAAAUGGUGUAAAAUUUGAUAUGAGGUUUUGAACAUGAGCCAUGGAGAUGUGAAAAGUACAAGAGACACAAUAAAGAGUGAAAACCAGCAGAGGUUGUCGCCGGGAAGACUGAAAGCUGAUGAAUUUGGAAGAGCGGUUUCAAAGAUUGCGGUGGCACAGAUAUGCGAGAGUGUAGGUUUUCAGGGAUUUAAAGAGUCUGCUUUGGAGGCUCUUACUGAUAUCUUAGUUUGUUACCUUUGUGACUUAGGAAGAAAUGCAAGUUUUCAUUCUAAUUUAGCUGGCAGGACGGAAUGCAAUCUGUUUGAUAUAACUCGGGCUUUAGAAGAGUGGGAAGCUUCACAUGGAUUUCCGAGUGCUUCCGAUAUUGGGCAUUGUCUUUUAGGCUCUGGCACAGUUAGGGAAAUAAUUCGGUUUGUGGGUUCGGAAGAGGAAACCCCAUUUGCUCAGCCAGUGCCGAAGUUUCCAAUUGUUAGAAAUAGGAAGUUGAUUCCAAGUUUUGAGCAUAUGAAUGAAAAGCCUCCGGGCAAGCAUAUCCCAACUUGGUUGCCAGCUUUCCCUGAUCCACACACUUAUAUUCAUACACCCAUGUGGAAUGAGAGGGCAUCGGAUCCUUGUGCUGAUAAGAUUGAGCAAGCAAGGCAGCGGAGAAAGGCCGAGAAGGCUUUGCUGCAGUUGCAACAGAGGCUGGUAUGUAAUGGUUCUUCUGGAACUUCAGCUUCCUUGGCCACGGAUGCCGAAAAGGAAAAAGUACAAGGGGGUGAAAGUAAUCCUUUUCUUGCUGCCCCACUGCAACCAGGAGAGAAAGAUGUUUCGCUGGUUGUUUCCCCAGCUAAGCUUACUGAUGAAGCAAGGAAGGGUGAUCAUGUUUCCAUGCUAGAGGCAUUUGCUCCUGCCAUUGAAGCAAUGAAAGGGGGGCCAUCAGAUGGUGGAAAACUGCACCUUCCCGAAAAGAGGGCUGCUGUUCAUUUCAAGUUUAGAACCGGCAAGAAAAUCUUGGGUGAGCCGCUAGAUUUGGGCUUGCAGAAGAAAGGUGAGAGGGGGACAACAGCUUUUUUACGUAAUGAGGAGAGGGACGAUAAGAAAAGGAGAGCUGAGUUUAUUCUCAGACAAACCACGGAAUUUCCGAUGGAACUUAAUCAGUCUUAAAAUUGUAUUUUAGGUUUUCCUUAUAGGAACCUCAUAAAUAUUGAAAAAUGUCACAUUCAUGAUAAUCUAUCAAAUUCAUGGAUUAUUUAUUAGAUGUUCAAUUUGAAAAUUUUAAAAUAUUUUAAAUUCAA